UCAUCCUCCACCGGACAUUGAUCAUUGGGUGUUUGACGAAAAAAAUAUUGUUGCACUCCAGAAAAAAGACUCAUAUAUUGAUUCCUUGUAUCCAAAUGUAAAAUCUGAUAAUGAAAUUGCUAUUGAAGUAAAAUCUGAAAAUGAAAUUACUAUUGAUGAUAAAGUUGAUGAUAAAGUUG